ACAGAGAAGGGGGUUGAACCACACAUUUCCACCGUCAGAACUGAAGGUUAGAGGAACUCUGCAUCAGUAGCUCUAAAAUGCUGGAUCCUCACUGAGCGACACACACAUGCACACACACAGUCUAAUAGCUAAAGGGGUGACUUACCAGCACUGAAGUGAAGUGGUCCUCAAAGCCAUCACCGGUGGAUGGAGGCAGGACACCCCAGCUUCUGAUAUGGAGAAUCCGUGGCCAGACAUCACCCACCUGGUCUUAUUUUUCCUGCUGCUCUGUGUGCAUCGUGGAAUCUCCGGCCACAUACCCCAGAUGGUGACGGAGGAGAACCACACAAAUCAUCAGGGAUCCCAGCUGCCUUCUGUCCCUCCUGCUACCGUCAUGCAGACAGUAUUGCAGCCUCAGGCACCAGGAUUUGAUGAUGUUUGUCCUGUAGAGAUUCGAGUAGCACGGAACACCAUAGCAUCAGCAGUGGAAAACUCAUCAGUGGCACUUCACUGUCCAGUGAAACACUGUGAACCGAGACCAGCAGUUACAUGGUGCAAACUCUGGAGUCCUGCACACUGCGUUACUGUAAAUGCAACAGACAACAUUAAAAUGCAAUGGAAAUACAGUGAAACUGAGCCAAAUACCGGCACCUCAGACCUGAUUUUCACACGUGUGUCCAUGGGAGAUGCUGGUCAGUACAGGUGUGGGGUUUAUGGAACUGUGACCAUUGUCAGUCAUCACAUUAAUGUCUCUGUCACAGAUCAACCCCAAGAUGGAAACGAAAGUUCUGCUAACACAAGAGAACCUAAAACAAAGAACCCUUUCCCGGACCAUCCUCACCUCUACAUAUAUGCUGGCAUCGCGACACUCGUUGUCAUAGUGUUGCUCAUUAGCUUCUUUAGUAAAAGAGGAUGUCAGGGUGAGUGUUGCACUUGUUCCUGUAGUAUUACACUUUACAGCAGCUUCAGUCUUGCCAUUUUGCAUGUUCUAAAUGCCAUCUUUUUCUUUUAUCUUUUCCUUUCAGGAUCAAAUCAUUCAACAAAAGCAGAGGAUGCAGGUAUUCAGUAUUCUGUGAUACUGAGGACGCACCAAGCAUCUCCACGGCCCAGCAUCUCUGACCAGUCCCAUAACCUGUACGCCAACCCAGUUAGAAUCUCCGGUAAUGAUGUACACGACAAGCACCCCAACAGGAAGACAUCCCGGAAGAAGCAGGAGGCCUCCAGUGAAGCCCCGCCCACCAGGGGCAGUGUGCCCGGCCAGGUGGCCGUAGAGAUGGACAGCUCCAGUGCCCACGAUGACAUGGAUCCAAACACCAUCGUGUAUGCAACGCUCAACUACAGGGCCAUGGGGCGAGACCAGAGCCGGGUCUGUGUCCAGCCCCCUGUGGAGGAGCACUCCGAGUAUGCAUCCAUCCGGGUGCAGUGAGUCCUGGAUCCCACUGCAGAAGAUCAUGCAGAAUUCCACAUUAUCUGCCUCUAUUUCUACGGGCUUUGCUUUUUAAUGCCACUUUUUUUCCGAUGAGUAACGAUCAUGGUAAUGGAGGUGGCCAGCCAGCUCAGAGGACGAAUUCAGGCACAGAAUUCAGCACCCAGCCAGCCAAUCAGGAAAGCCGCUCUGACUGUGUCAGGUCACCCACAAGGUGUCUUAGCAAACAGAGAGCAUGGACAGGUCUAUGGCUUCCCUCCCUGUAGAGCUGAUGGUUUUCAUACUAUGAUUCUAACCAGAUCGAAGCACUAAGGCAACAAGAAACUGGGUGUUUCUCGUGCAAAGGGUGUGAGCUAUUUCCGGCUGAGAUCAGCUCUCGCGUAUUUCUGCCAUUCCGCUUCUCGAUGUCAUCGGCCGGCCACCAACCUCACGAUGACGAAACAUCUGAACCUCUUUUCAUGCAGCGCUCAUGAGAGGUCCUGACGUCUGCACACUGCACGUACUCUAUGCAGGUCGCCAAUUCCACAGACGUUGUAUAAACCCAUGAUCAGGGCCAGUGGAUCAGGAAGGUGGACUUUCCGGCAAGGUGAAGAAGCGAAGCAGAAGAUCUAGGCUCCUUCCUACUUUAAGUCCCAUCCAAAGAGGAACUGAGAUCAACUUGAGAUAUAGGAAUCAGGCCAAUGAUCAACAGAGAACCUACAUUACCAGAGAUCUGCUAACAUGCCCAUUAGCUUUUCUUUGGUGCUGGAGAAUUGUUUUUUGCAACCUCUGUUGAUUGUAGAGUGUGUCUUUUUAAAAUGUCAGUUGAUUGCACCCAGUGAGUGUUGGACUAAGAUGGACCACAGUAAUGAUUAUAUAAUUUACCUGAGACUAUGCAAAUUUUAAAUAAUGCACUGCUUAAAUAGACUUAUAUGGCUUAAAUAGAAUUUUAUUUGAUGCUGAUUCUGAUCACAAUUAAUAAUGCAAUUAACUGCUGUGUAUCACUAAUAAACAUACUUGUGUAACGACAAA